AUGUCCCUGAAGUUUCGGGUGUCUGCCUUGUCUGACAACACCUACCCGACCUGUCCAGCUAUCUGUCUCGUUUAACGCCGAUGUGAUGUGAAAGAGAAAGAGAGAAAGAGCGGUAGAGUUCAUGUUGUAUUGAGGUGUCCCGCUCUUGACACGUUGCAAAUCACCCGCAACCGUUUGCGACAGUACGACAGAAUGCUGUUCGCGAGGCUAUCACUUCCGGUCAUCGUCCUAGCAACCGUCGUUAGUCUGACGUCAGCGCAGGAGCAGUGCACUCCCGGGGGUAACUGUCAGCUGCCCAACUGUCGGUGUUGGUCCGACUUCAGUUCGCCUGGAGGCUUCGACAUCGACGACGUUCCUCAGGCCAUUCUGCUGACCUUUGAGUACGCCAUCAAUGAUGCCAACUUCAACUACUACCUGAAGCUCUUUGAAGGUUUCACCAACCCCAACAACUGUCCCGCCGCAGGUACGUUCUUCCCGCAGGUCAACUUCACGGACUUUGGCGAUGUCAAGCAGCUCUACGACCUGGGUCACGAGAUCGGGGUCACUUCCGUCGACGGCACGGUCCCGGCCACUCGCGAGGACUGGAUCAUUGGACUCGCAGCGGUUCGCGACCAAAUUGAGAUCAGCGGCGUCUCGAGGUGGGACGUUGUAGGAGUUCGCGCCCCUAACCUCAGGCCAGGGGGGACUGACGAGUUCACUGCCCUUGCGACCGAUGGCUUUGAGUACGACGCCAGCUGCACGUCAUCAGCCUACGGUCUGAUGUGGCCUUACACUUACGACUUCCCAACGGGUACACCGCGCUGUGACAACGGGGCUACGCCAGACCAGGCGUUUCCAGCCAAGUGGCAGUACAUUGUAUCAGACUUGGAGUUCAGAGGCAGCAAGUGCGCCACUCCGUCUGGUUGUCCAGGGGUGGCAACGCAGGAGGAUGUCCUAGAACUCUUCAGUGGAAGUUUCCUGCAGCAUUACGAGGAUAGAAAGACGCCAUUCAUGGUUGUGAUCAGCCCGGACUGGUUGGCUGUGCCUUAUAGACUCGAUGGCACAAGAGAGUUUCUUCAGUUUGUGAGGGACAACUUUGAGGACACAUGGAUCCUAUCUGUCUCUCAGUCCCUGGAAUGGGUGAAAUAUCCAGUGCCAAACAGCGAGACAGACAGCUUUGAACCAUGGUCAUGCUAAAGCCUCCGACUCUCUUCCACGACUUCUACCAAACGGUUCUUGUCCACUGGAAGCGAUUCGUUUGAGACUGUGGAAAAAACUUGGCAUACUUUCGAAUCUUUUUCGCUAAUAAAAACAGUUUUCGUUUA